AUGGCAGAAUAUGGCUAUGGAUAUACUCGCCAAGAGGUUGUAGACCUGGCUUCAGAUUAUGCAGUCCAAAAUGGUAUUAGAGAUAAGCAGCACCCAUUCUCUCUAAGUGGUUUCGGGGAUUCAUAUUUCAAAGAACUGGAACAGGUCAUCAGAGAGAAUGGUUUUGACAAGAACCCCUACCUAAUUUACAAUGUGGAUGAAAAAGGAUUUACCCAGAACCACACUCCUCCUUUUGUUGUCUGUGGUAACCAGUUUCCACCUCAAGCUGUCACUGCAGGUAAAUCAAGUACCACCACAGUGAUUGGUUGUGGAAGUGCGAGUGGUACAGCAAUUCCUCCUUUUUUCAUAUUUGCGGGGAAGAGAAUGAUGCCAGAGUUAAUGGAAGGUGCAACACCAGGCGCAGUAGGCAGAGUCUCAGAGACAGGAUGGUCCAAUUCACAGCUAUUCCGUGAGUUCCUAGAUCAUUUUUUGAAGCAUGUCCCUAUCAAGGAUGGUCAGAAAUUCUUCUCGAUGGACGGGCAUAAAUCUCACACUUCUGUAGGACUUGUCCAGUGGGCAAGAGACAGGAACAUCAUAUUGUUUAACUUCCUGCACAUACAAGUCACUUCUCAACCACUGGAU